CCCGCCGAGGCUGCGCUCAGAGAUCCGCCAGCUUCGUCCCGACGGACUCGGUAACGCACGUCAACGCGGCAUUUGCGUAGGUCGAGGCCGGGAGCUUCUCCUUGAUCCCCGGCUCCAGCACCGGGAUCGACCAGCUCAAGCAGCUCACCGCGCUCAAGAGCCAGGCGCAUAGGCUUCAUAUGUGGCUCACGCUCGGAGGAUACGACUUUUCAACCGGCUCGCGUCGGGCAUCGGAUACGGAGGGUAUCUUCGCCGACAUAGUGAAAACCUCGCAGAGUCGGCAGAAGUUCCUGACUAACCUCGCCUCCUUCAUGCAAGAGUUCGCCUUUGACGGCGUCGACAUUGACUGGCAAUGGCCAGCGGCCGGCGAUGAAUCCAAAGACUAUGCGUUACUGAUUCAGGAGAUGCGGCUGUAUUUCAACUCGCACUCGGCGACGUCGUCGGCCUGGGGUAUCUCUUUCACGGCGCCAGUCGAAAAGGAGACUCUCGCGCGUCUCGACCUCGCGACCAUGGCGGAUGCCGCCAGCUGGAUCAACCUCGUCGCCUAUGAUGCCGACAGCCAGGAUCAGAGUGUCACGCGCGCCAUGUCGGACCAGAAGUCCAUCGAGGCCGCAGUCGACGCGCUGGGCAGCGCCGGCGUCCCGGCGACCAAGAUCAACCUCGGCAUCGGCUUCUUCGGCCGCUCAUACAAGCUGGGCUCGACAUCAUGCUCCGGAGUCGGAUGUGCUGCGGCGGACGCCGGAAUCUCGGGACAAUACAGCGGGAGACCCGGCUUCAUGUCCUACGACGAGAUUAGUUCAAACCUUGGUCUCGGCAACAGCAAGGUCGAUGAAAGCACCGGCAUCAACUACCUGAGGCCUUCCUACGAAGACCGCGACUCAAUCAUCAAGAAGGUCAAAUACGCUCAAGGCAAGGGGCUUCUUGGACUCGCGGUCUGGUCCAUCGACCUAGACGAUGACGAUCACCACCUGCUGAACGCCACGUUAUACCCAGGUGGUCUGGGGAGCUUCGUGUUGACGACGGGCACCGAACAGGCCGACUCAUCCAACUACAGCUCGGUAGAGAUCAGCUCGUGUGCCUGGUCCGACUGCGGGACGUCGACGAGCCCGUCGUGCCCGCCCGGCCAGCAGGUCCUCAUGACCGACCGCUGCAACGUGGCCCCGGGAACGGGAGAGAAGCUCUACAAGGCCUUGUGCUGCCCGCUCGGACAGACCCCCGACCCGUCGACUUGCGACUGGAACCGGGUGGACGGGGGCGACUGCGGCCGGGGCUGCGCCGACGGCCAGGUCCCCAUUGCGUCGGACAAAUGGCUCAUCAAUAAGAAAGGGCAAGAGAACUACUGCUUCUUCGGCAUGGCGGACUACUGCUGCGCCACCGAGGAGUCGGGCACCGCCGUGUGCGGCUGGGAGAACAAGUGCGUGGCUAUCGUGACCAACGGGCUGCACACGUCCAGCACCAACGUCUGCUCGGCAGGCCGCAAGUUCGUCACGUACGCAAAGGACUCGCCUGUCGUCGGCGCAUGCAAGGGCGAUGAGAAGGUCAACUCCUGGGUCCCUUACUGCUGCGACCAAGACGUCGACGUGUCGUCGUUCAAGUGGUUUGGGGUCGCAGGCACAGCCGGAGACGGCUCCGACAAGUGCAACGACGCGAAGAUCUGUCCCCUGGGCAAGACCUCCAUCGCCACCUCGUACCUGGGCGCCGGAAAGGACUGCACAUACUUCCAGCAAGGGUACGCACUCUGGAGCGCCCAGGCGUUCCCCCGCGACGUCAAGCGCACGUUCUGUGCGGACCCAAACGCACUCCGAAGGGUCAUCAAGACUCUCCCGGUGCCGUUGGAGAACAUCUUCCCGCACCCGAGACCGGACACGGACGAGCAGAAGUGGCAGGUCGAGCUCGACCCGACCAUGGGCGGCGCCGAUCCCACCCCCGAGGAGAGCACCAACGCGGACAAGAACUCGUUCGGCUGGUACAUCAUGUCCGGACCGAGGACCGAGCUCACCUCGCUGGACAAGCGGGACGGAUCUCACUGGGAGCUCUUCGACUGCGAGCCGGGCGCGAACCACGAGGGUCGGCAGACCGUCAGGGCCGUGUGUACCGACAGCUCCUACGAGAGCAACUGCGGCGUCAUCCACGAGGGCCACGGAGUCGUGGGUACCGUCAUCGAGAUGCCUGCCGGUUGCGGUCCCGGGAAGUAUGCCAUGGCCGUAUCUCUCGAGCCGUCUCAUAACCAGUCGCUUCCUCGCCGUCUGGAGAAGCGAGCGGACGAGCUGGCCGACUUCGACCUCACCUUCGACUACGACUUCCCCCACCCCCCGAAGAAGCGGGCCGGCGGCUCCAAGGUCCUGCUGCGCAUCGACUACAGCGACGACCCCGGGUACUGGAGCCACAUCGUUGCCGCUGCCCCGACCAAGGUGAAGCGGUCAAGACGGGAGAUGGAGGAAGAGGUCCAAGGGACGCACGGCGGGAACUACCACCACGGUCCACGCCGGAGGACGAACUCCACGACCUGCACGCGCGUUGGUUUCCCCAAGUCGGGCGCCAUCAAAGACUGGAUCGACCGGCUGCACUACGUCGACACCGAGUACGAGCUGGUCAGGCACACGGUCAACGAGCAGUUCCGCUGGAACAUCUACGACGAGUCCGUGUCCUGCAACAUCAAGGGCGUGGACACGACGGGCUACUUCACCGCGUGGGCGGAUCUCAACGUCAACAUCCAGUCGUCGGCCCUCGUGACGCUCAUCGGAAACCUGCAGGACCUCAACUCCUUCGAAGAGUCCUACGUGCUGUUCCGCAACAGCGGCUCCGUCAAGGCGUCCAUCAACGCCGAGGCCCUCGCCCACCUCGAGUUCCUCACGGGCGAGAUAGAGCUCUUCGGCCUCGAGAACUUUGGCGGCACCUUCAGCGUGCCCGGCAUCGUCACCAUCGGGUUCCGCGACGCUGCACGGGACCGCGCGCGCGUCGACCUCACCCUCGCCGAGUGGGAUUACACGCAGCAGUACCCCGAUGCCAAUGGCGGCGCCAGCGCCGGCGCCGUGACCGCGGCCAAGACGCCCAAAUCGGCCGGCGUACGCUCGUCGGACCCGCAGUCGGCGCUGCAGGCUGCCAAAUUCUACUACGACGUGGACGCAUCUGGCGAGUUGACCUCAUCGGUGGUGCCAAAGGUCACGCUCGGCAUCGUUUUCAACGACGGCUCGGUCUCAGAUGCAUCUAUCGACUUUGGUGUCAAUGGUCGAGUGACCUUGUACGGAUCCGCUGGCCCCAGCUCCGACUCGGCGUGGCAAUACUGCUACGGCGUCAAUGGGGAUGUUGAGGUUUUUGCCCAACUGAAUGCUCCAACGCUGUUUGGUAAAAACAUCAACACGUAUUACCCAGUAUGGGGAACUGGAUUGUUCCCCAUCGUCCAACAAACCUGCGCCGCAGCCGCUUCGUCGGUCUCGGAGACGACCCCAUCGGCCCAGCCGGCCAGGCUGAUGAAGCGCGGUGACUUCAUCGGAUCGCUUAUCUGCCCUGUAUCGUCAUCGGCCUCGGACGACGUGACGCCGUGCCCCUUCUGCUGGGAGUCCUCCGCCACAACUAGCGAUGCUAGCAGCAAGAUCCGGAAGCGAUACGGCUACGUGCUGGAGGAGCGCGCCGACGAUGCUUGCCCGUUGUACGCCGACGCGAACAACCCCAGCUGCACCCUUGACGACCUCGCGACCCGCGGCACCAUUGUCCGCCGUCUGACCAGCAAGGAGGGUGUGAUCGACUACGGCGCCUCCGAGCUCGUGAUAAGCUUCGGGAAGUACGCGGACUGCAGUGACGCCAAGACGAGCAGCAACAUUCUCAAGUCGAUCAUCUUCAGCACGUCGGGCCGGCAGUGCAAUGCCAACAUGUUCAGGAGGGCCACCAUCGCCGAGGCCAGAGGCGUCAAGUUGAACACCGACCGCGUCUACGAGGCGCAGACCCUCACCCAAUUCUUCAUGUGGCUGAUGAGAGGGCCCGGCGUGACGGUCGGCAGCUACACCAUGCCGACGGUGGAAUGGGUGCUGGAGGUGUUGCUGGGUUACGACCUCCCAACGGCCCAACCGUACUCCUUCAUCAUGAACACGGCGCCUCUGGGCGUGAAAAUGGACCCGGCGACGCUGGACAUUGUCUUGAUCUGGGGUUUCGGGCGCUCCGAUGGCGUCGGCCCCUCGCCCUUCACCAAAGCACGCGGCGAGUCCCACCUGGUGCUCGUCGACGAAGCUGUCAACUCGAACAAGGGCAAGUCCAUGAGGCAGCAAAACCCAAGAGUGGUACCCGAAGCGCAAAAGGUGAACUCGUACCGGACUACAUUUCGCGAGGUCUUUGGCGUUUUUGAGUACCUCCGGUGGUCGCCCCCGAGCGGCACGGGUGGCUCGGGUCCUUUCCCCGUCGUCGAAGAACCCGUGUGGAACAAGUGGAUGCGGGUGUCCAACUGGUUCGACCUGGUGCUUUGGGAGUUAGUUUGACAACCAGUACGCCGGACACUGGAACGAAAGGGCCGGGGCUCCCGUGAACAGCCUGGGCAGCCUGGGCAGCCCUUCGCUCCGCGCCCUCUAUGCUCGAUUUAUUGAGGAUUCCCUCCUGGGCAUUGAGGAGAUGGCCGCUCUCAAGAGCAGCGAGGCCAAGACCGCCUACGAGGCAAAAAUUCAAGGGCGUCAACGCCUUUAAAAACGUGGUGUGGAGCAAUACCGACGACCCGAAUUGGUUCAACGCCGCGUUCGGCGCCGGAGGCUGGGC